ACUCAGUACACGGACGGAGCCCGCUCAGAAUGGACUUCUACGAGCCUACGCCCUUGGCACUAGCGUACAGUAACAGCAGCCGGGAAUGGUUCGUCGAGCGAUGGGACGCCCUGUUGGACACAAUCGGCGAUGAUCAGGAGACGCUGUACGUUUGGGUACUGACGCUGUACACGAACGCCAUCUACUGGCUGCUGGGUGGACUGUUUGUGCUGAUGGAUCUCACCGAAUGGCCCAAGUUUAUGCGCAAAUACAAAAACCAGCCCGGCAUGAACGAACCGCUGGAUUGGGCCAAAUUUACAAAGCUAGUGAAGACGCUACUCUUCAACCAAACCAUCAUCGGCAUCCCAACAGCGUACGUUGCGUUCAGCUUCAGCAGAAAUGGCGUCCCACCACCGAGAGCACUUCCGUCCGCGCUGACGAUCGCUCGAGAUUUUGCCGUGUGCAUCACACUGUGGGAGAUCACCUUUUACUACAGCCAUCGGUUGCUACACUCGAGCUUCUUCUACAAGCGCGUCCACAAAAAACAUCACGAGUUUACCGCGCCUGUAGCCCUGGCGGCGAUGUACGCACAUCCGUUUGAGUACGUCAUCAGUGAUCUGUUGCCGGUGUUCGCGGGUCCAGCCGUCAUGAAGUGCCACGUGGCGACAACCGCCCUCUGGUUCGCGUUCGUAAUGGUGGACACGGUGCUGGAUCACUGCGGUUAUCACUUACCAUUCCUUUCGAGCCCGGAAUCGCACGACUAUCAUCACCUCAAGUUCAACCAGUGCUUUGGAUUGUACGGAUGGAUGGAUUGGUUUCAUGGCACCGACUCGGAGUUCCGAAAACGCCGUCAGUUCCAACGGCACCACCGCAUCAUUGGCUUCCAGUCCGCUCGGGAGCUCGUACCGGACAAGUGAGCGUCCAACAAGUCGACUGCGCCUCGCGAUCCACGACCUUGGCCUUCGUACGUCCUGGCAUGGGGUUCGCAAACAGGGGUGACCUAUAUCUGUAAGGCCAUACUUAUCACACCAUUUGCAUCACAUUCGCUGCACACAAUGUUUGUAGAUAAAUUAGAGCAAUCGCCGAUACACGCUGUACCACGAGGAGGCACAGCAGCGAGCGGAAAUGCGCACGCAAUAAAAAAAGCAAACGAGUACAAAAUU